AUGUGGGCGACGAUUGGGACAUUGCUUCUAGGGUUCUUGGUGGUGGCUUCACUUCUCGCCUCCAGAUCAGUCCGUAAGGGUAACGACGGAGAACAGUUCUCGCCAUGAUUUACGCGUAACCGUUUCAUGACCGCCUGCUGCGACCUGUGCAGGUAAUGGGAAAUCCGCUCGGAAGCUUUCCACAGCUGAGGUUCGUGAGCCAACCGAACCAUCUUCCGCCAUGAAUUUUUUCUUCCUUUGCUGUUUAUCGCAUCAAAGACUGUAAUAAUGCCAUCAUAACCUUUGCUUGCUCCGAUUACUUUAAACCCUAUAUUUGGGACCGAGAUGUCUCCAAGCUGUGAUCCAUGGCUUACAUCUGAAACUCCGGGGCGACAGCAUGGGAUUUCACCAGGCACAACAACGCUGUUCGUUGACUUUACUGUGCCUAUACACAGCCUCUGUUUUCGUAGGAGGUCUCAAAAUGCAGCUUCUCACCGUUGAAAAAUCUGACCAAAUUUUUUUUAUCCCCACAUUAUGGAAAAAAUCUGAUUUAAUUUUAGUAAUGGGUUUUUCAGGCCAGGACUCUUAUUCUCGAAUAUCACAAUUUUUAUGGAAGUUUAUCGUAUGAAAGAAAUACUAUCUUGAUGCUUACUUUUGAGACAUUUAGUUUCUUACCCACUAGAUACAAUGAACUGAUGCAUAUGCUUAUGAGAUUGGACAUCAGCACACAUACUGGAUAAUAAUCUGCCCACGAAACCGGGCUUCUUAAGAAAAGGAACGAGGAGAAUGUAUUUCAUGUGGGAUUACACGGUUGGGGACAGCCCGCCAAUCUUUCUCACAUCGCAGUUCAUAGCAUUCGUCAUGUCUAGAUGACCAGAUUGAUGAUACAAGGCAUAUAUGAUGACGCUGAUGAUGGAAAUGAUGCUAUCUACCCAAUUUACGAAACAUUUUUUUAUUAAAGAAUUAUGAUCAUCCCAGCCCUCUUAUACUAUAUAUAUAUAUAUAUAUAUAUAUAUAUAUGUAAAUUUAUGAUGAUAGGUAUGUAUAUUUAUCUUUUUUCAGUUGAUGCUCUCUCUUUAAAGCUAUGAAACUUUAAAGUAGCAGUGGUGAAAAUACCAGUUAACAAGAUACCUCAUUAUUAACUAAUCUUCAUCUCUGUUUCUUUGUGAUUCACCCAGACGCCCAAAACGUACACAAAAGCUGAGGUCUCCCUGCAUAAUUCAAGGAACGAUUGCUGGAUUAUUGUGAAAGAUAAGGUCGAAGCAUGAUCUCAAUCAUUCCAUCGUGAUUCUAUUUUCACCAAUUAACUGCAAAUAUUUCAUCUGGGUUUUCCUCUUUUUUUUUGUUUUUUUUCUGGGGGAAGCCAAAGGAUCAUGAUUCUUAACUACAACACUACUCAGGUUUAUGAUGUUACCUCAUAUGUGGAGGAGCAUCCAGGUGCCGACGCCAUACUGAAUAAUGCUGGAGGCGACUCAACCGAAGGCUUUUUCGGGUUAGUGCCUGUCAUGAGUUGAAUUCUUCUGAUAUUAACUAAUUUGAUCGUUUCUUUAAAUUACUACUUCCCGAUGUGUUUAGAGCAUGAUGACAUUUUUGAACGAUUUUCCGAAUUAAGAAUGGUAAAAACAUUGAUGUGACGUAAUAAAUGCGGAUGAUGGGCCCUUGGAUGCCAGAAUGUUAGAAUUUUUGCCGAAUAUUAGACGGAUUGUCAACUCACUGCCCUUUUCCAUGGCUUCACACGCUGUUUUUGUACAACACUCGGCAGUGGCUGUCAUUGAUAUAUAGACAUCUGGGUUAGGUUUUUAACCUCCAUUAUUUCUAAAUAUGGAAGGAAAAUGAUCGGUGAAAUAGAUGUUUCUUUGAACGGAUUCAACGGAUCUCCUGAGAGGUGUCACAGAUCGUCAUAUUCAUCUUUUUUUGGUGAACCAUAGGAGAACAGCUUGGGUUGGAGUUCAAAAUUUUUCAUUGAUGACUAUCCAAAUCGUAGGCAAAUAUUGAGAGGAGAGCAAAAAGGUUUGACUUCGCGAGACCACUGUGGUCAACGCGUGGAGUAAAGUAGGAGCGAAAAGGUUCUAACAUCUACUGCUUCAUGUUAGAGAGAGAGAGAGAGAGAGAGAGAGAGAGAGAGAGAGAGUUUAGGAUGAAUUCAUACAAUAUUUUUCUUACCAGUCACUGUAAAAAAAAUGAUUUUUUCUAAAAAUAAAAGGUGGGAUGUUUAAAUUUAAUGGUUAAUAAUGUUGGCUUCAGACCGUAGGAAUAAGAAAUGGCCCAACAUAACCUUAAGGAUUAUUUCAUCUCUCUGCCACUCAUGUUCCUAUCUGGUUCCUGACAGCUGCAUUCAGCUAUGCUUGACAGCCAAAAAUUAAAAAAACGAGGGGAAAAUGAAUAUUAAGAGGUCUUUUAUUAUUUAUUUUAAUGGCAAGAAAGAUAAAAAGGGAAAAGGGGCAGGAUGACUUGAUUUAAUAGCAAGAAAGUUAAAUUCUCGAUCCAACCAGAAAUAUGUUCUCCUGCAUCUCUUUAAUUUUUCUAUGUAUAUAUAUAUAUGAAGUGUUAAUAAUGCAUAUAGAUAUCUCAUUUGAUUUUAGGGUAUUUAUUAUUUGCCGAUUUUGGGCCGCAUUCGGAUCCUCUGACUUUAUAAUACCGUGAUCUACAUCAAAGUUCAUAUUUAUCACUUUUCUUUUCCAGUUAAGUGGGAGAAUUUAUUUUUAAUGGUUAUUUCUUAAUUGCGUUAUCAUCACUGUUAAUAAGUGGCGGAGAAAUAAAAAUCCGUGGUUUGAUCUGUUCAGGCCGCAGCAUGCGACCAGGGUCUUCGACAUGGUUGACGAAUUCUACAUCGGGGAUCUGAAGCUGUGA